GUGAUUCGUAAAUAGCCAACAAUUGGACACUUGUAAAGGGAGUUACUAUUAGUCCGUCAUACCAUACGGAACCUCUCGCUCGGUGGCAUAUUUCAUACAUUUUUUCAUUUAAUUGAGAACGGUUGAUAUUUCGUUCCAAAAUAAAAAUAUAGAAAUAAAAAACAAAAUAAAUAUGGCGCGUUUAUUGUGGACAACUGUUGCGAUCAACAGUGUUGUACUGAUCGCAGUGAUAAUUUCAGCUAAUUGCACGGAAUUGGAAUAUUCGGAUAUUAAAGUUAUUGGACAAAAUAAUUCUUAUCAGUCAUUGAAUCCUCAGGCAAAAUUUGAUCUUUUCAAUAAGAUCCGUCAUGUUAAAGGAAAUAUUAUAUUUUCGAAAGGACAAAGGAUUGCUGGUGAUCGUUUACUAUCAAACCAUCUAGACUCCGAACAAUUCAGUAAACCUGAAGAUGUUGAAGUUUUACUUCACUAUCCCGCUGCUGGUGAAGGCAAUACCAUCACAUUUGUUGAAGUUCUAGCAGAUCCUGAUGUAAGUGCUGAAGAUGCAAAUACUGGAUUUAUCCAAGGAACAGGAGGCAUCAAUAAUAAAACAUUUAAAAUGUUAGUUCAAUGUAAACGCACAGAACAUUUUGCUUACGAAGUUUUUAUCUAUGGAUAUUAAACAGAAAAGCUGGGAAUUGCAUCUUGAUUCUAGGAGGAACAUUAUUACAUUUUUGAUAAUUCCUUAAAUGCUUAAAAACAUACAUACUUGAGGCAAAAAAAACACUAAUGAAAUUCAUUAAAAGAAGUCAAAUCUGUGA